AGCAGAGCAGGGAAAGCCAUCGGGUUUUGUGAUUUUCUGUUAGAGCGUAGUAUUAGAGACCAGCGCCAUGGAGGACGUCGACUUCAGCUUUAUCCUUGAUGACGAGUUUGACGCAGUGGCGAUAGCCAAGAGGGAGGACUGGGAGGUUUGGAAGACGCGAAAGUACCCGGCCAAGGAGCAUGCGCGCAAGGUUGCCCAGAAGCUCGGCGUGUCGGAUGGCCUCAUCUAUCUGCCUGGCAAGGCGUCGCAGAACUACGAGGACUCGGACCAACCGCCACCACUGAGACAGCGCCGAUACUUCUUCUACCUGACGGGCGCCAACUUCCACGACUGCUACGUCACCUAUGAGAUCCGCACGGAUAUCCUCAUCCUCUGGAUCCCCUAUGUCGAGCCGCGCCAGGUGCUCUGGUUUGGCUCAACGCCCGACACCGCAAAGGCCAAGCAGCUGUACGACGUCGACGAGGUGCGGUACUCGAGCCAGCUGCCCAAGUUCUUCGAGUCGCGCCUCGUCUCCUCAACCAUGCUGUACGUGCUGCACGAGGACCAGGCGCCUGCCGGAGCCAGGGAGACGAGGGCCAAGAUCAACCACUGGAUGCUGCAGCCCGCCAUGGACCGUGCUCGCUGCAUCAAGGACGAGUACGAGAUCGCCAUGAUUCGUCGCGCCAACGAUGUCUCUAGCGCGGCGCAUCGCAAGGUGGCAGAGAUGCUCCUCCGCCUUGGCAACGAGCGCGAGAUCGAGGCCGUCUUCCAGGCCGUGUGCAAUGCGCGCGGUGCCCGAUCGCAGGCGUACCCCAUCAUCGCGGGCUCCGGUGUCAAUGCUUCAACGCUGCACUACGAGGACAACGACCAGCCCUUGCAUGGCAAGGAGCUUGUCGUAGUGGAUGCGGGAUGCGAGUGGCAAUGCUAUGCUAGUGACGUUACCCGCACGCUGCCCAUCAACGGUCGCUUCUCUACCAAGGGUGCGGCGAUCUACAACCUCGUCCAGACGAUGCAGGAGGAGUGUAUCCGCGCCAUCAAGCCCGGCGUCCAGUUCUACCAGCUGCACCUCCACGCCGCCGCUGUCGGCACUGUCGGCCUGCUCAAGCUGGGCAUCCUCAAGGGCGACAUCGCCGAGGUUUCCCGGGCCGGCACCAUCAGCGCAUUCUUCCCUCACGGGCUCGGCCACCACGUCGGCCUGGAAGUUCACGACAUGAGCAAUGCGAUGCGCCUUGGCGAAGGUGAGACGGCGACUGCGCGCGCUAAGGCUCUGAGGGAGAGGCAGGUGCUUGAGCCUAACAUGAUUGUAACUGUCGAGCCGGGCAUUUAUUUCUGCCGUGAGUAUAUCGAGGGCUACUUCCUCAACAACCCAUCGCACGCCAAGUUCAUCAACAAGGAAGUCCUUGAAGGAUACUAUAGCGUGGGAGGCGUGCGCAUCGAGGACGAUAUUCUUGUUACCGAGGAUGGAUACGAGAACUUGACGACGGCUCCCAAGGGCCAGGAAAUGGUUGACAUUAUUAACGCUAAGAAAGACCGCCAGUGAACGGCCUUUUCUCUCUCUCAUUUUUUCUUCUUAAUGAGGUUAUAUAAGAUUGUGUAUGGGAAGAAUUUUGGAUAUCAGGCAUAGUACAGCAUAUAAUGUUUCUUUUCUUUCUCUCUCGUUGGAUGACUUAGUUGGAAUGAUGCGAGACGAGUUCUAUAGCGGGCAUUUACGACGUCAAAUGAAAUGUUUGCCUCGUUUGAUAUUUUUCAUCCAAUUCAUGCAUGCUAUAUAGGUAUGUAUAACCGUGAUACUUACAAAAUGUGAAAAAAAGAAAUUCGUCUUUUGUUU